GAGUUCGAGCUCGAACUCACAGUUACGAGCUGAGCUCGAUAAGGCCGUGAUUUGAGCUCCACUCGACUCAUUUACAUCCCUACUCCACUCUACUUAUUGAUCUUCAGUGACGCAACGAAGAAGAAGUUCAGAGUAUAGAGAGAGAGAGAGAGAGAGAGAGAGAGAGGAUGGGAAAAGGAGGAGAUGGAGGAGAAGAGAACAUGGCGGCAUGGCUCGUUGGUAUUAACACUCUAAAGGUCCAGCCUUUGAAGCUCCAACCACUUGGUCCAACUGACGUUCGUGUGCGCAUAAAAGCCGUUGGCAUCUGUGGCACCGAUAUCCAUUACCUAAAGACCAUGACAAUGACUCGUUUUGUUAUCAAAGAACCCAUGGUGAUUGGACAUGAGUCGUCCGGAAUCAUUGAAGAGGUGGGAAGUGAAGUGAAAAAUGUAUCUGUGGGAGAUCGUGUUGCUCUGGACCCUGGAUUGAUGUGUGGGCGCUGCUAUCAUUGCAAGGUUGGACGCAAUAAUCUGUGUGAUGAAACCAAGUGCUUAGGCCUUCCUCCAGUGCAUGGUGCUCUUGCUAAUCAGUUGAUCCAUCCUGCUGCACUCUGCUAGGAGGAGGGGGCUGUAUGUGAGCCCCUUAGUGUUGCAGUGCAUGCUUGUAGGAGAGCUAAUAUUAGUCCAGAGACAAAUGUGCUCAUCAUUGGAGCUGGAGCCAUUGGAUUACUCACAAUGUUUACAGCUCGCACUUAUGGAGCUCCAAGAAUUAUUGCAGUGGAUGUUGAUGAACUCCGCCUCUCUGCUGCAAAAUCACUGGGUGCUGAAGACACUGUCAAGGUUUCUACAAACAUUAAGGACUUAGAUGAGGAAGUGGAGCUCAUACAGAGGGCUAUGGGUUCUAACAUUGAUGUAACCUUCGAUUGUGCCGGUUUUAGCAAAACAAUGUCGACUGCUUUGAAUGCUACUCGAACCGGAGGCAAGGUUUGCCUUGUUGGAAUGGGCCAUAAUGACCUGACUUUACCUCUUACUCCAGCUGUAGCAUCAAGAGAAGUUGAUGUCAUUGGUGCAUUUCGGUACAAAAGUGAGACUUGGCCACUGUGCAUUGAAUUGCUGAGAACUGGGAAGAUUGAUGUGAAGCCUUUGAUAACUCAUCGAUUUGGGCUUUCUCAGAAGGAGGUUGAGGAAGCAUUUAAAGUUAGUGCUGGCGGGGGCAAUGCAAUUAAGGUCAUGUUCAAGCUCUAACUUGUAGAAAUGGCUUGAGCUUUUUGGUAUGUGACAAUAAAUGAUCAUCAUGCUAUAUAAUCAUGUGAUGUAGGAAAGCUUUAUGAAUCAAACAUCCACUGAAGAAUGCUUUCAACUAAAUAAAAUAUCGUGGUGUGAUUUUGGUUUGGUUUUAUUA